GUAGGGAGAAGGUGGUCAAUCUCAAUCUGUCUACAUUUGCAAUCACCUUAACACAGUGACAGACAAGCCACCAGCCAAGGCAAAUGAGUUUUUAUUUGGUUUUAAACCCCGGAAACAUCUGAUGACUUGGCUACAAAUGAGAAACACAACGACGGAGCACGUGUGCCAUACCAACACCUUUUGCAUGCGUGCGUUUUAACGCCCGUCUUCCGAGUUCGCCUGUUUAUUUGAGUUCGAGCUGCUCAAGUUCUCUGGUGUUGCUGUCCUUCCUGCUCUGGUGGAUAUUUUAAUCGCUUGCCUUUUUGAUCAUUCUUCACCUGAGGAGAAAGGGUGGAUACGGAGGGGAGGUAAAACAGUGUCUUUAUUUGGGACGUUUUCUCCGGCAAGCUGCAACAUCGGGGCAAAUCGAACUAUUGGCAAGAGCUGGGGGGACCGGUGACUGCCUCUAGCAUGAUGUCAUAUCUCAAACAGCCCCCCUACGGCAUGAACGGCCUGGGGCUCAGCGGCGCUGCCAUGGACCUGCUUCAUCCGUCCGUGGGGUACCCAGCAACUCCAAGGAAACAGCGGCGGGAACGGACGACAUUCACGAGAUCCCAGCUGGACAUUCUGGAGUCCCUGUUUGCCAAGACGCGCUACCCCGACAUCUUCAUGAGGGAAGAGGUCGCGCUGAAAAUCAACCUCCCCGAGUCUCGAGUCCAGGUGUGGUUUAAGAACCGGCGAGCGAAGUGUCGGCAGCAGCAGCAGAGUGGCAGCAGUGCCAAGGCGCGUCCGCCCAAGAAGAAGUCGUCCCCGACGCGCGACAGCACCGGCUCGGAGAGCAGCGGCCAGUUCACCCCUCCGGCCGUCUCCAGCGCCGGCUCCUCGGCCAGCUCCAGCUCGUCCACGGGCGGCGGUGGCGGUGGCGGAGGGGGUGGAGGUGGCGCGGUGGGCACGGGCGUGGGCAGCAACACGGGCAUCAGCAGCACCUCUACCUCCAUCAGCACCGUCUCGUCCAUCUGGAGCCCCGCCAUCUCGCCCGGCUCUGCCCCCGCGCCGCCCGUCACCCUGCCCGAGGCCGUGGCGCCCUCCAACACCUCCUGCAUGCAGCGCUCGGUGUCUGGCUCGGCCGCCUCCUCUUACCCCAUGUCCUACAACCAGCCGGCAGGCUACAGCCAGGGCUACCCGGCCCCGUCCGGCUCCUACUUCGGCGGGGUGGACUGCGGCUCCUACCUGGCCCCCAUGCACUCGCACCCCCACCACCCGCACCAGCUCAGCCCCAUGACAGCCUCGUCCAUGUCGGGACACCCCCACCACCACAUCAGCCAGUCCUCAGGGCACCACCAUCACCACCACCAUCACCACCAGGCCUACAGUGGAGCCGGACUGGCCUUCAACUCCUCUGACUGCCUGGAUUACAAAGAACAGACAGCCUCCUCCUGGAAACUCAACUUCAACGCCACAGACUGUCUGGACUACAAAGACCAGGCUUCAUGGAGAUUCCAAGUCUUGUGAUUUUUUUUUUUCUCCCCUCGCCCUUCCUUCUUGUACCCCCUCCUCUCCUCCUCCUCCUCCCUCUUUCUUCUGCCCUCUUGUUUUUCAUAGUGUGCUGUUUUAAGGAAAAAAGUAUAUGAACUUUUAAAAGUUAACAAAAUAGUUAGAUGUUCACCACCUUUUUAAAAAAGACACCUUUCCUCUUCCCUCUCCCUCCCCGGAAAAAAGUAAACAGUGACAUUGGAAGACUAUGGACGAGAUGAAAAUAUAAAUAAAAAAGUUACUUUUUACUUUUGUCAAUGAAGAAUUGUGAUACAAAAAAAUGGCCUGGGAAGAACUCGCAAAUGCUGGACAGUAAACGCACCACAUUCAAAAAAACAAAAAACGUUUCGUCAAAACUUCAGAAACCACCAGCCCACUUCAACCUCUUCAAUUGUGUCGCGCCCGAGUCCUAUUAUGGAAUACAGUUGUUUCUUCUCUGCCCUUGCACAGCGACGCUGACGGGUCACUGGCCUUCUUACCUCCGUUCCCGUCCCCAAAAAACUGUAUAGUUUCUGCCGAUGUUUUCUUUUUUUUUUGUUAUUUUUAGGACGACAGAGAUUUUUAGUCAGCUGCAUAAAGGGAGCUGAAAUGUGUAAAUAUGUAUUUGGGUCAGUUACAGUGACCACAUUUAGCCGUUUACUGGAUUUGGAAUGGUUUAAGACAUUGCAAAACGGGAGUUUUAUGUAAAUCUUUUUUGUUUGUUUUUUUGUUUUUCUCCACAAUAUUCCAAAGAGAACAAUUCGGCCGUGUUACCCCUCACUUUUGUUCAUAGCAGUUCUCUCUUUAUCCCACCCUAAAAAAGGAUGAUAUUUUAAGACAAGCAAAAAAAAUUGCUGCAAUAAUGUAUCUUAAACGAAUUGGUAUUAAUUUGGGUGACAACUGAAUCAUUGUAGAGACAGAAAUGUUUUAAAAUGUUAUUUUAUAGUGCUGUGCGUCAUGUUUCUAUAACAGCACAAAAUCAUAUCAAUAUUUCAAAAUUUGCUUUGGUCAGAUUUCAACAGUGAUAUAGGCCUACUGGUUUAAUUUAAACAGCACUUGAUUUAGGCUACUGUUUUAAUCAAAAGAACAUUUUUUUUGGUAAAAAUGGAUUUUUAGGGCCAUGCACCGUUUCAAAAUGCCAGUGAAAUUCUGAAUGUAUUCCAGGCGAGCGCCCCUCCGGUCAUCAUGUCCAUAAAAUAAAGAUCAGUUAACAAAGACUAAACUCUACAA